CGGCGGUGGGCCGCUUGUUGCGUUGCCGGGUGUGUGUGGUGCCGCAGGGGCAGCCGCCAGGAUGUUCGAGGCGCGGCUGGUGCAGGGCUCGGUGCUGAAGCGGGUGCUGGAGGCCCUCAAGGACCUCAUCACCGAGGCCUGCUGGGACCUGGGCUCGGGCGGCAUCAGCCUGCAGAGCAUGGACUCCUCGCACGUCUCCCUAGUGCAGCUCACGCUGCGCUCCGAGGGCUUCGACACUUACCGCUGCGACCGCAACAUCGCCAUGGGCGUCAACCUCUCCAGCAUGUCCAAAAUACUGAAAUGUGCUGGAAACGAGGACAUCAUAACGCUCCGGGCGGAGGACAAUGCAGACACGUUGGCUCUAGUGUUUGAAGCACCAAAUCAGGAAAAGGUUUCUGAUUAUGAGAUGAAGCUAAUGGAUCUCGACGUGGAGCAGCUUGGAAUUCCAGAACAAGAGUAUAGUUGCGUAGUGAAAAUGCCGUCUGCUGAAUUCGCACGCAUCUGUAGAGAUCUCAGCCACAUUGGCGAUGCGGUUGUCAUCUCCUGUGCGAAAGAUGGUGUGAAAUUUUCAGCCAGUGGAGAGCUGGGCAAUGGAAACAUCAAGCUGUCACAGACCAGUAACGUGGAUAAAGAGGAAGAAGCUGUUGCAAUAGAGAUGAACGAGCCAGUCCAGUUGACCUUUGCUCUGAGGUACUUGAACUUUUUUACCAAAGCCACUCCCCUGUCCCCGACAGUCACACUCAGCAUGUCCGCAGAUGUUCCUCUUGUUGUGGAGUACAAGAUUGCUGAUAUGGGACACUUAAAAUACUACCUGGCUCCAAAGAUCGAAGACCAACAAGAAGGCUCUUAAUUGGAGCAGGACUGAGGGGUGGAGCUGGUCAGCUCUUCCAGAGGACAGCUGGUUUGGCGGAGAAGGAGGUGGCGGCGUUAGCAGUUUCAGUGCUGUGGAGCAUCACAUCAGCACAGUUAGGCAUGUCGUGUAGAUAUCUUUGUAAAUAUUUUUCAACUUCCUCUUUUGCUAUACUGGUGUCACUGGAAGAAGGAAAUCUUGGUUUUUCUCGUAUUCCUGUACUUCCAAUCACCUCUUAGGUGCUGUCUGAAGGUGAAGUAUCUUACCUCUUCCAGCUGGUGUUAGGGAAGGGGUGCGAUAUUUAACUUGAGUGCAGACCCAUUUCCCAUAGAGUUCUGUAGCUGCCUAGGGUUGCUGUUCAGUUAUGCUGUGAGUUUUAGACCUUCACUUAGUUUUGCAGCUGGUAUUCUAACUGAAUCUUUGAAAAUGGAAAUAAAGAAUGUAAUUUCA